CUCAGCUCAUAAACAGUAUCCAACCAAUAGUUUACAAAAUAAACGUAAGAAAGAAUAUGGCCAGAAGUGUAGACCCCCAUAAUUCCACUAUUUGUAUCACAAGCAUGUCGUUUUGGUGGUACCAAUUAUAAUGUUCACCUGAUAAUUACCUUUAUAAUUAACAAUAAACUAGAACACAAAAAGAUGCAGAUCAACAACUACUAGAAUUUGGAGAAGACAAAAGUCACAAAAGCACCCUUCUGCUCGCCCAAUGAAGACGGCAAAGCAAAGACUUAGACUUCAUAAAAUGCAGAAAGAGACAUUUUGACCAAUCGCUACUACUACUACUUCAGCAUCUUCCCCUUUAUUUCGCCACAACAAAACUGAUGCACUCAACUCAGCCAAUAAUAAAAUAAAACAAAAAUUGUUAGCAUUUAUUUCAGCAUGGGAAGAUCAAGCGAUUUGAGAUUUUGGGGCGAAAAAUUACUGAAAGACCAUCACGAUUACACAGAUCCAGACGGUGAUGGACUAAACUUUGAUGUUCCAAAACAUCUCCAAGACCAAUUUGGAGAUUUCUCUCCUCCAUUUUGGCCACGAACAAAACCGAGUGACAUGAGGCAAGAGAAUUCCGCUUUGCUGCCAAACGGUAGAAAGGAGAUGAUGGACAUGGUCAAGGACAUGCCAGAAUCUUCAUAUGAACUCUCACUGAAAGAUAUAGUUAAUGGUCAACAAACCAUGGACGAGGUACAAGUGAAGGAAGUGGUGGCAAAAUCAAAGAAAAUGAAGCACAAGAUGGAAAGAAAAAUUCCAGUGAGUAACAAUUGUCAAAUAAGCAGGACUGAGAGCAUGGAGAGUGAGGUGUACCUUGUGAAGUUGUUUUUACCACUAUCUCUGAGUUUCAGUAAGAAGACCAAGACAAGAAAAGACUCCAAAAUUUGUUCAGGCCAGAGCCAAACAUCCGAGGGAUCCAGGAGACGAGCAAAUAAAGACUGGUGGAAGAUCAUAGCUCUAGCUGUAAAGGAUAACCAGAUGGAUACAAAAAUUGACAAGAGAGCAAGUGGGAAUGGUAGCAAUAUAACCAGAGAAGAGAACCAUUACCAAGACAGCAACGAGGGUGGAGCUUUUGUGGAAAAAUAUGACAAUCGACAAGUCCAGAGAGGACCGUGCUUGAGAGGUUGCAAAACAAAGGCUGGAGUGCCAAAGCAACACGCAUUGAAAACUGUGUUGUCCUAUUUAAUAAAUUAUAACAGUAGCUUGCAAACAUAAUGGUGUAUCCUGUGAAUGUAAUUAAGUAAUGAAGCCAGAAUAGCAAACUGUAGGAAAAAAGAUGUUCUUAGCUACAGUGUUUGUGAUCAGACAGGUUAUUUUUACAAAGAAACUCAGGUUUGCCAUGCUAGCUAAUCUUCCUUUUAUUGGUCACAAAAUAAAAUCAACACAAGAACCCUCAAAAGUAGUUACAAUACAAGCAUCAAACAACACGUCUGUGAGAAAUUUCCCAUUCCAGUUUGAAACAAAUGCUGUAGUUACUCGCAUUUGACUGGCAGUUGUAAAGCACUAUUUCCAGCUUCCAUGCACCAGCUGAACCAAUACCAUAACUUCAGCACAAUGAAGCAUAUUAUUUCCAGCUUCCAUGCACCAGCUGAACCAAUACCAUAACUUCAGCACAAUGAAGCAUAU